CCAUGAAUCUGGUGCCAGCUACAUGAGUACCAUGGCAGAGCUCGUGUUCACCAUGAAGGACUGCCUUGCCGACAUCAAUGAAAAUUCUUACAACAACUUCAUGCUUCGUGUUGGGCUCAAUAUUGGUCCUGUAGUAGCAGGAGUGAUUGGAGCCCGCAAGCCACAGUAUGACAUCUGGGGCAACACGGUCAACGUGGCCAGUCGCAUGGACUCUACGGGCCUGCCCAACCACACUCAGGUGACCGAGGAAGUCUACCAGUUGCUUCGAGACGGACCCUACGUGUUCCAGUGCCGUGGUAAAGUCAAGGUGAAGGGCAAAGGAGAAAUGACAACCUACUUUCUGAUCGACCGCAAGACUCGCUGCUCGCCACCCAGUCCAAGGGAGAGGGGUGCCUCCGGUGGCCAAUCCAGCUCAAUGCCUCAGCAGGAGGAGAAGAAUAGCCUCUCCGGAAGCCUGCCUCCACCUCUGAGCUCAAACUCACUCCAGCUGAGAAGAGAAAGUGGGUCCACUCCUAACAGCUGGGCAGGGCAGCACCAAAAGACAGCUCCACUGGCACCUCAUGAUGAUGUUUUACCAUACACCCAGCCCAAGCCCAUCAUAGUGUCAAACACCCCUCCACAUGGGUCUAGAUCGAGAGUGAAAACCGGAGUGUCUUCCAAACCAGAGUCCCUCACACGUGGUGACCCUUGGGAGAGCUUGAAACAAAUACGAGUGCCUCCUCCCUCGCUACCUGGUGACCAAAGUGAGGCUGCACUGACUGACGACUGUAGCCUCGAUCCUCGUUCAGAAAGUGCAAGCAGCCACCUUGACGACGGGCAUUCUAGCAGCGGUAGCCUCAUUGAGGAAAGUCACUGUUUAAAUGACCAUCCGCCAUCACCGCAUGGGAGCUUGUCGGGUCCCGGCUUUCCCUUGCUAUUGUUAAAAAAUUCAAGCUGUCCCCAAGCAAACUGUAUGUACCCAUACUCUCAGUCUAUGGGAGACUAUGAGGCAAGUCCCGGUAUCAUUGGCCCAGGUCUCCCACAAGUUGGUCACUCUCCUAGCCACAAUGUCAGACAGCCAUAUGACGGCAAGUUUAGUCACACAAUGCCUGAAGCAGCAGCUCCAAACACAAGACACAAUCCCGAGCCGGCAGUGUACUUCGCAAACUCUUCAGGAUCACGUAAACGAACUCAUGAAGAGACAGUUAGCAGUGCUGUGACAGUGCCUCCGGUUGACUCCCCAGAGCAGGUGCCUCGUAAGCAGCUCUGCAACUCGAGUCCGGCAUCACAGAGACUUGUCUGGGAGCACGGCAAGGCCAGGCCUCCACUCCUGACUGUACGUCACGACGCUGACGAGUUGGCCAUUGAAGACUAUCAGGAGAACGGGAAUUGCUGUGUGGCAGCCCAGCCGAGAUAUGCCAUGAGCGACAUCCUCAACGGAAACUCCCAGCGCAUUCUCAUGAGGCUUGGCGAGGACUCCACGGGCAUUGCGCUUCGACUGGCCGAGGCAGGGCCACCCUCUCGGCGGACCACUUUUGCACCUCGACUCGCGAAGCAGCUGGAGCAAUGACGGUUCGAGCGAGGCAGACGAGGAAGGAGCUCCGCUGAUGGACAAUCACGGUGGUGGCUACACGACAGACGACGCGUCACUCGCCAAUGACCAAGGACUAACAGACGCAGAGGGGGCCCUUAGUGACCUCAACUCCCUCCUCAAUGACGCGGGCCACGAAGGGGAUGACACGAGCAUCUCUUCACGGGCCAGCAGCCGCUUGCUCAGCAUUGACUCACUCAGUGUUACUUAUGACUCGGAGUAUGACAACUAUGGAGUUGGUUUCAAUGGUGCCAUGGGCCGCACUGAGGACCUGAGGUCGCUCACAGACUGUAUAGCUCGCAAUUUCGGCCAUUGCGUGAGUGACAACGAAGACAGUGACGUGCUUGCCUAAUACUGUUUUUCUCCAGCCCUGCUUUGCACACAAAUAGCCUAAUCGAUGACAACUGCAUUAUCUUUCUGGCUCCUUUGAAAAAAAAAAAAAAAAGACUCGUGUGUCGAUACACUCAGUAUAAACGCACAUCUUCAUUUGUUUAAUUUUGCCACAGCUAUUGCUGGUAGUCACAUGUUUUGACCUUCCGUAGUGUUCACUUCUCAUGAUACGUUUGAUUGUCUGGAAGACAGACUUAUCACCAUGGGUGCACAAUAGAGUGAAUGAGAGGUAUGGCCACAAGACAUAAUUCACUAUGAUGUGUUAGUAAAAUACAGAGAACCAACACCUGCCAAAUUACAUAGGGCAAGGGUAUACUAGCAUGAUUACAUGCUACUGUUUUAUUCUUUUUCAACAGUGUCGUUAUGCCUUCGAGAGUUUCUCUGAGAGGUAGAUUAGAGGAAAUUAAAAAGUGUAAGCUCCAGCAGAAAAUUUUUUACUUACUGGUCAUUUGAUUACAAUCUGUAAGAUGGGCAAGAUUGAAUGGUAGCAUGGACAAUGGUGCGAAAUAUGGAUGGUACAUAGUUUUAGUGCUAUGUUCCUGCUUUGUAUCUAUGAAGUUGCUUGACAAUUUCGUAUACUCUAAGUGGUAGCUGCAGCUUGAACUCGUUUUAUUAUGCUCUUAAACAUCACCGAGUGGAAUUAUACAUGUAUGUGUCUGCUGUAGUACACUUGGAAAUACUUCAUUUCAAUGCAGUUUGUUACCAACCAAAUGCAGUUUGUUGGUUAGCCUGCUGCCCGGUCAGCUUUUCUAAGAGGCUGAUUCUUCUGGAUAACCAAGCUGUGGCUGUAAAUGGGCUCCUCUUUAUUUCUUGCCGCACUAAAAACACUUGCUUUAUUUUUUAUGGAAGUGGGUGUGGAUGCUUUUGUGAGGAGUGGGUGUAGUUUUCAUUUAUUGUAAAAUGAUUGUAUCUUAACAUGUGUCUGUGCAUAGACACACUGAAUAUACUUAUAAGAGGCACGAUCCGGGCCAAUCGCCUCAUGAAAGCUGCACUUUAUUAUUAACAUUAACAACUUUCAUAAGAUUAUUGCGGUUGAAAUCACCCAGUAAUCGUUGAAGGGAGCAUGUGUGAAUUGAUUGCAUUACCGGUUAACAAAAAGCUCUUCUCUCUCACUGUGCUCUCAUGACACGCUUCAACGUUUGUCUGCUCAUAACAAAUGAUCGCCAGUAAAUAUAAGCUCACCAACAGGCAGGAAAAAAAGUAGAGACGUCUAUUUCUUUAAUGUCCGAACGCAAACGCUGUCAAACUUGCGUACACAGCUUGAAUCUUGAAACAGCAAUGUGCAGAAGUGCCUUAUAGUUCCUUGUGCUAAUAGUCAGUGGUAUUAUCAGCAACAGUAGGUUUAGCGGGCACCGCACCUCGGGUCGUGUUUCACAUACACGUAGAAUAAAUGUGCCACACAGGACCAACAUAGUAAACUUGACUCACUUCAUGUCCGCGUCAAUGCAUAUUCAAGCAUAUCUGUGUUGUGACUUAGUGCACUGGUGCAGCCCCAGUGAUAGGAUGUAUAUCUUUUAAGUGCAUACAGAAUCUACAUUCAACCUCGGUGUUCUUUGCACCUCAUCUCACUGAUAAUGCCACCGGGUGUCGGCUGAAAGUGCGGAAGUACUGCCGGCUGUGUGCUUGUGCAUAGGUGUUAAUGUUACUGAUGACUGCAGUAUUUCUGACCUCACAGAUUGCAUGGUUGCAGCUAACAACCUACAAUGUUGCAGUUGUCAUAGAGAGCAGAGAACAAGCGAGGACUACCUGUUUAUUUCCUCCUCAUCACCUUUGAUGAUACUUUAGUGUGUUCUUGUUUUACCCCAAGGAGGUGCAUAAAAGAUGUCGUGAGGCACUCGCAUGUCACUACAGUGGGAGUCUGUCGCUGCAUUUCAUUGUCUGUACGAUAUACAAUCUUGAAACAAGGCUGAGUUGUCAUAGACUCUAAGUGCAUGUAUUAAUCCCCUGUAUGCUACACUGAACCCACUACAUGAUUGUUCAGGGUGUUUGAGGUGUUGCAUCAAAUGUAUCUCUGUUAUCCAGGUUUCAGUGGAAGUGGCCAUCCUAUUUGGCAUGGCACAAGCACAAUGUGUAGUCUACAGUUACACAGGUAGGAACAGUUACAAUUCAUUACCACCUUUUCUGCCAUGUAUUUUUCAAUAGUAUACACUGGCUUGCUGUUAAACUAGUCAUAGCAAAGACUUGAAUGUAGCCAAUUACAAAUACUAACUCACUUGCAGGGUAAUUGCAGUUGAAGUAAAGCUCAAGCCUUAAUCUUUACACACAGCACAAACAAAACAGACACAGAAAAAGAAGUAUCGUAACACAAGCACUGACUCAUAUGUGCAAAGAUGCAGAUGUACAGACUCACCCAAUUAGCUACCAUACUUCGAGCCUUAAUUCCAGCUUUGUAUCCACAAUAGUAGCAUUAGCUUGUUACAACAGAUACAGUUUUCAAAUCACGUUUUUUUUUUAGAACUACAGAGUGGUAGUAAGCUUGAAUUAUGUGCAAUUUUUCAUGGUAAUAUAUAAUAAUGCCAGAGAAUGAGAACGCACAUUUAACUUAAAAGAGUGCAGCCAUGAGCUAGCGUAUACCCCAUGACAUGCUCUUCACUCACCCGUCUUCUGAAAGCAUUCACACCUGAACUUUUUGUCUAGCAUUUUUUCAUUCCCAGAGGUUACUGUCAACAUUGUAAGGAGACUUGUUUGAUAGGUCAAAGGAGCAUUUUGUAAAAACUUUUCAUUGCAUUAUGCAGUGCUAACGCUCCUUCCAUCAAGCUAAAGGGCACAUCAUACCUUAAAAACUGAAUUUGGACUUUCAAUGUGCACUGAUAAGAACUUGCCAAGCAUUAUUUGUUGAAGAUGUCAUUUACAGCACAAUGGUUCAAAUGUGUGGGCCCUUGGUGGCCUCUGCGAUGAAAUUAAGGAUUCAUAUGCUUGCAAAUCUGAGCAUGUACAGCUUUUCUAAACUGUGAAUUCUAGCAGCACUGUGGCUCUUCUCAAGCACUGGCCAUUUGCCACUGCUUGAAGUACAGCGUGACAAAAGUUAUGCCAUUCCACAAGCAGUGGAAUGCAAACUAGCCCAUUCCUUGCUAUUUGUCACUUCUCAUGAGAAUGUGCUUGAUGCUUCUCACCUAUAAGCUAGUGUAAUUUGUUUGCAAAAUGCCACGAUCAUGCUGAAGCAUUUCAUCUGGGCCAAAGCCUCUCCCAUCCCCCUGCCAGUGCUAGGCUAGUUGAUAGGCUGUUAUGCUGUGCUGUAUCUCAAUCACAGGGAACUCCAGGGUACACUACUCUAAUAUGAAGGGUCGGCCACUGGGCAAGGAAGGCUCAAAUAGGAGCGCUGAACUGGAAAAUCGGCAUCCACAUGAACGUAGUAUUAAGUUGCAAGAACCUAUGCAGUUUUUUCGGAAAGGAAGCUUCACAGCUGAUGCGAUAUAAGGGAUUAAAGCCAGCAUUGCUUGUCUUUUGUGGCCAGUUCAUUGCAACAACUGAGCUAAGUGGGAGUUUAGUAAGCAGUAAAGUGAUGGCAACCUAAUUUGAAGCAUGAGAACACUGAAUACGCAAAAUUAUUCAGCGGACAUGCAUAGGGAAGAGGGAUCUUUAUGGACCCUUUUCGUAUCUGCAAGGCUGGCUCUCCUACUAGCCAGAUUGAUGUUCUGUAAUUAUGGCAUGGCCACUUUUGCAUUUAGCACAUACGAACACAAUUUGAGCACCAAGGAAGUAUUAAAUGUGGCUUUUGUGGUGUGAAA